UAACGCGUGUCACGUUUCACGUGUUAUGUGUAAAGCCAAACGCGAAACUCGAUCGCUCGGAAUUAUUUCUGCUCGAAAAGACGAGGAGGGUCUUCGCGAGAUCGCGAUAAAUAGCGAUAAACAGCGUGUUUCACGCUCAUCCUCAACUCGAUUCCUCCGGGGAUCGGGUUAGCCGAGACGUUAGACAGAUUUCAUCGCUUCGUCAGCAAGCGAAAUAAUUCAAAUGGUCGAGCCUCGUGAAUCAUCCUCUGUAACAUACACCUCAACAAGUUGGAACACGUUCCCGUGAGCACAAGCGAGAUCCUUCCAGGAUUGCCUUUAUCUCGUAGUAAAGAAAAGUUUCGAGCCUAUCUAGAGACAAUAAUCGGCAAUGACACGUUGGUCAGGUGAGCUGAUGGUAAGCUUAAUGCCCAUGAACGUCGAGGUCAAGACGCAGUCCACGAUCCAAUUUACGUGCAACUAUGACUUCCCAGACGACUUUCACAUCUAUUUUAAAUUGUCGUCGCUUGACGAACUCCCCAUUACUGCGUGGAGCGAACAACCCGGUCCCAUAAUGAAGACGGAGAAGGGGGCUUUCCGCACCUGGUUCGUCCACGUGGAGCGCACCGCUUGCAACGUGGAGUGCCACAUCAUGAAGUGGCACCACGACAAAGAAUCAAGAGAGUUGGUCAAGAUCGUGACAUCGGCUACGCCAGGUUUGACGAACCGCCAUAGCGAGAGAGCUUCUUCUUGUCCGUCCAUCGGUGACUCAUGGCGAGGGAGAACUCUGUCUGUCGUCUUGUCGUCACGUUAACAUUAGGUCAUCGUUAGAACAAGCCUGGUGAAGGAAGUACGUCCUCCUUGGGUCACGGUCCUCGUUGUGUAGUUUUUUGUAGUCUUGUAGUUUCUCUCAGAAUCGGCAUUUAUCGACGGGAAGGCUUGGCUUUCUCUUGGUGCGUGGUACUCCAUGUCCAUAGGGUGUCCUGCGCACACCGAUUUACACCGAGAUAUGUAUCCCAUGGUAAUUAAUCCGUAAAUUAGUAAUUGUUUCUGGCAUAAUCAUCAUUGUCAUGAUGUGUCGUCCAAUGUGAAGGUGAUUGUGAUUUCCCCGAGGAAAGUAUCGUCCAUGAUGCUCUUAUCGUAUCGUAGAAUCCAACAAAAUCCAUCUGUCGUCUUCGUGUACGAUCUCUCAUCACGUCCUAAUCGUACCGUCCGCUGCGGUCAGAGCACACGAGAAUAUUCUACUCGCUUUACAAACCAAACUUUGCCAACUGCCGUUU